ACGAUUAAUGCACACAGAAGAAGAGUGUGAGAUAGUCUCUAGAGUUGUCGUUGAGUCAUGCAGCUCAAGAGGUCUUCAUCUUCUUCACCCUCCAUGAAACUCAAAACCCUAUUCUUAAACCUAAUCACACACUCUCUUUACCGUUUUUUACGGUAUCUCUCCAGAGCCAAAUCCAUUCUUAUCGAGAUAUCUAAACACAACAAGAAGAGGUUGUUCAUGAUGAUGUUUUAUUCAACAAAGUCAUCCAUAAAUCAACACAACAUCUUCUUCGGAUCCUCCAAUCUAGUCCCUGACCCUGAACCUUUCCCUUUAUCUCUUCAUGGUCAUGAAGAUGAAGAAGAUAAUCAUGAGUCUCAGUACCUCCAGUGGCUAGAAGAGAGGGUUCAUGGGAACAUUAACAUGGAUGGUGAUCAUAGUAUUGAGGAGGGAGAUGUUGGUGAUGAUGAUAUUGAUCAUUUAGCAGAUAUGUUCAUCGCGAGGUGUCAUGAGAAGUUCUUGCUGGAGAAGGUUGAAUCUUACAGAAGAUUCCAAGAAAUGCUGGCGAGGAGUUUGUGAGAAUUGGAAACAAGAGCGACGACGACAAAGAGUUUGUUUUUACUUUGUUUUAAAAUUAAUUCUUGUUUGAAGGAUAUGUCUUAGUUUGCGAAAUGUUUAUCUUGAUUCAUUUUGGAGGAGGCCUAGAUGCAAAGAGAAUUAAGCCUAUAUACAUCUUCUGAAUGUUUCUAACAAAGUGCAUAGUGUAUACAUAUGAUGAGUAUAAACGAUGAGACUUUUUGUUGCAAUAAUGUAAGUCGA